AUGGAGAAGUAUAACAAUAACCCCUCGAUAGCGCAAAGGGAAGAAUGGGCAAGAGUGCAAUCCGAAUUAAAAUUAAAAUUGAUAGAAACUGAUGCUUUAAACUUUACAAAGAUAGUUAAUGGCGAGAACAUUGUAGAAUUCAGGGGAUUGAAUUAUAUUGGAGGGGUUGAUCUUAGUUUUAUUGAGAAUCAUGAAGAGGAUGCCAUUGCAACUUUGGUUGUUUUGAAGUAUCCCAGCUUAGAGGUGAUUUAUGAAAAUUUCUCGUCCGUAAAGUUAAAGAUUCCUUACAUGACCGGAUUCUUGGCCUUUCGUGAAGUUACACCUUUACUUGACUUACUACAAAUUUUAAAGCAAAGAAACCCUGAUAUAUUUCCUCAAGUUAUAAUCGUUGAUGGUAAUGGAAUAUUACAUCCAAGAAGAUUUGGUUUUGCAAGCCAUUUAGGUGUGCUUGCGAAUGUUCCUACAAUUGGUGUUGGGAAAAAUUUUUUACAAAUUGAUGAUGGUGAAAAUUUAACUAUGGCACAUGUAAAGAAAGCAGCAAGGGAAAAAUUAAAAAAAGGUGGUGAUACUUAUCUUCUUCAAGGACAAUCCGGAAUGAUUUGGGGCGCAGCCGUUCGAAGUUUGGAUAGCACUACAAACCCCAUUUUUGUUUCCAUUGGUCAUAGAAUAAGUCUUGAAACUUCGAUACAAGUUGUGCUCAAAUGUUGUCGAUAUCGUGUCCCGGAGCCCACUAGGCAAGCCGAUUUACGUUCCCGUGAAUAUAUCCGACGUGGUCAAAAGGCGAAAAUUACCUAA